GCAUUGCAAUUUCAAUUAGCUGCUGAGUGAAAGCUUGGCAUGUGUAUUAGUGAGCAGGGACACAAUUAGCUUAUUCUUCCUUUCCCAAUUGUGUUGAGAGGAUCCAAAAGGUUGGUGGGGGAUAAGACCAGCCAGGCAUCACUGGAUACUGAAGAAGGGAGUUGUUCAAACCUGGACGUCUUGCUCGGGCUGGGAUUACAGAGAUUUAUUACAAAGCAGUGUGUGUGUGGCUUGGUGAAGUGUGCCUCAGGAACACUCCGGAUACCACUUGGGGUUUGUCCUUUCGAGUGCUUCACGGCUCUGUCUUGUUCUCAUCAUUAACAUGGAGCCCAACAGCCCCAAAAAGAUACAAUUUGCUGUGCCUUUAUUCCAGAGUCAGAUUGCUCCAGAGGCAGCAGAGCAGAUAAGGAAAAGAAGACCUACACCAGCAUCCCUUGUGAUUCUCAAUGAGCAUAAUCCCCCAGAAAUUGAUGAGAAGAGGGUGAACAACACUCAAGAAGAAUCGCAGAAUGCAUCACCUAAGCAAAGGAAGCAGAGUGUGUACACACCACCUGCCAUGAAAGGUAUUGUUCAGGGGUUAAGCAUCUGAAAGGCCAGAAUGGAUCAGCAUUCCCUGAAGAAGAAGAAAGUACAAGUGAAAGAGAAGAGAAGUGGGGCCAUUAGUUACCCGUCUGCAGCAAGAGGACUUCUUGGGAAUAAUUGGACUGGACAUCCUUCUGAAUACCCAGUGGUACUCCCAAGCCCCGCCCUGAAUACCCAGUGGUACUCCCAGGCCCCGCCUCCAGCAGGCUCUUCUGUCUCAUCCUCCACAGUUCCACAGCAGUUGUGACUCUCCUGGAAGCCUCCAUGACUGAACUCUGAAACCAAGUGCAAUGUGCUGUGUACCACGUGCAGUAAAGAAUAGGCACUUAUUUUACAGCAAUUUUUCUUUUAAACUAACAGUACCUAGGAAUCUGCUACCAUAUGUAUGUUUUCAUUUUGAUACUGCCAAAGCUGAACUCCUCUUGGCCUACUAAUAUGAUUUACUUUCUAAAGUCAAUGUAGAGAGCAUUUCUGUAAAAGUACAAAAUAAAUACUAACUGCACUUGGAAUGAAUGUGAGUGGGGAAUAAUGGAAGAGGAAUGUCUGUGGAAGCUUCUAAUUUAAAACCUGCAUUUAGCAUGCUUCUGUAUAUAGAUCAGACCAGUUUACUUCAAGAAGACAAUAAUAAAGCAGAUGUCAGUUGUCUUCAUUCAAAACACCCCAUGAGAUAUGAAACGUUUUUCAUCCAGCAGUGUGUUAAUGGUUACUUAAAGAAACAAAUAUCUCUGCAUUCUCUAAGUUGUGCAGUGUUGGUUUCUCAGAAUCAUCUCAUCAUUGAAAAGGAAAUGCUAAAUUUGUAAUAAAACAUGGCAAAUCUCUACUGUGCUCUCCUUUUUAACUAUUUGAAGUAAAACCAUUGAUUGUGUA